AUUUCAUGUGUUUUUCAUCCUUGAGAAUAACUCCGUUAAUAUUUACAUUAGCCGAAGUUAGUUUCACAUCUCCGGCUUAUAUCUGCUAGCAAUAUAUCUAUGCCGAUAACUCAUAUCCAAACCAACGAAUUCAGACCUACAUCCAAACUGUAUCAAUCAAUUUUACGGUUUAUCUUGGUAUACAUUGAUAUAAAUUUAUAUGUAUGUAUACAAUGUAUACAAGAUUCAGUACCAUUAUCAUCAGUUGGUAAACCUUAGUGUCUAAAUUGUUCUCUCGGCGUCUCACUAGUGCAUUACGUCACUUAACCGUUAAGAAUAGAUAGAUUUGACAGACAGACUAAGAAGCCUGCAGAACCUGUAUCCAUUCAAGGGAUGAAAUCUUUCAGUGCUUUCCUUUUAUUUGUUGACUUUCCUACUCUGUCAAAUAUACACACAUAUACACGACGAAAAUUCGUUAGAAAUACUAUUCGUUAGAAGCUCGAUUCGGAGUUAGCUCCGACUUCGUCCACUACUACGGUCACUGUUCUGUAUACUUCGGUAAAAUUGAUAAGACCUCAACAACACAACAUUUGUGUCAAUCGCUUUUUACGAAAGAGUUUGUGAUAAAUAUUGUAAAUGUCUGGUAUUGAAUUGAUCCAGGCUUUAAGAAAGCUAGAUUUUCCAUUCUGCGCACGAGAAGCUCUAUGCAGAAUCGAGAUGCUGUGUGCAAAGCCUGGUAAACAAAUGGAUCUCCAAAUGGACAUGAUUUCAGAAUUUGUCUUUGGGGAAAUUGAAAGGCGUAAGAAACGUAUGAUACCAGCAGCAAUACAGGAGUUACAACUUGUCGAAGUCUUAAGCGAUUUUUUCCAAAGUUCUGGUGGUAGCCCUCCAGUUCGUAAUGCUGUAUUUUUAUCAUUAUUCCCUGCUGAGAGUUCCAGACAUACAAUAUUGGGAUAUUUGGUAUCAUUGGCAAUCGCAACCCAAAAUAAGCCAGUCUUGAACGCAACUGGUAUAUGGAUGCAGCAGCUAGGUUCUACUUCUACACAGAGCGUUGGAUUGGCUCGUCACAUUUUACAGGAUUACUUUGUCCUGACACCCAGUAGUAUUGAUAAAUUGAAGCAAUUACCUGUGCUAGCAGCUCACUUCACAGCAAACCUUCUUACCGCUGUUGGAGAAGUUUACAAAGAUAGGAAUCCACCAACGGAGUUGUUAAAACUAAUCGGUGAUUGGAUAAAUGAAAAUCCUAGUCUGUUACUCACUUCUCUCGUGGAUAACCCUGCGUUGCCUACCGGGGGAAUUCCAAUGACUCCAAUCACCCCUAUCGCCGGUCUUUUUAGGUGGUGUGUGCUAAGCCCAUUACGGAAUGAGUCCAUGUGUACCGAUGAAGAGGAAAGCCAACAAAAGUUUUACUCAAAGAUCCAACAGCUACUCAUGGACUCUGUGCUGAGACUCAAAAAUAGUGGUAGCAACAAGCAUGCGAUUUCUGCGCAACACUUGGCUGCUACUACUAGGGUACUAUCAAACUUCCCACAGAUACAGCUACAGACUCCCUCACGCGAUCUAGCUCUAGAGAGACUGGCACAAGCUGUGAGUGCUGCAAUGUCUGCUAAUUGUAUCUAUGGAAACAAACAAGAGUUACUGGCAUUACUACAACCGUUAUCGUACCAACACUUUCUCAUCGAAUGGACUUUGCAAACAAAUACAGCUAAGGCAACAUAAUCGUCAAGCAGAGAUUGAAUAUGAAUUAAUACUAUCAUAUUGUUGUACAGUUUGUAAACGAAACGUUCUGUACGAUACAAGCAAAUAUUUUCUUACGUUGUGCAGCAUUUGAUUUAAACCGAGAUUCAUGAUACAGUGGGUGUAAUUCAAACAGCAGUAUUGAUGAAAUUCAUAUAAAAUAUAUUUCUAGAUAAUUUA